UCUGGGUUUAAUCAAUCUACCGCGUUUGGGACGCAACUGGAAUGCGAUAUUUCCUACUCAACAUUUUAUUGAUCUGCCCGUUUCACCCUCUGCUAGUCGACGCUACUGUGAAAUAUUGCUGUCACGAAGAAUUUCUGGAGUGGAUAGAGCGACUGGUUCAAAAGAAUAUGGCAGGGGCUGUGUGCGAAGAGGAAAAUUUAGAUCUCGCAGGAGAGUUAGAGGUUCUACAGGCCAUAUAUGGGGAAGACGUACAGAGCCUGGGGGGAGGAGCUCAUACCGAGGUUUUAAUGACCCUCGGACAGGAGGGUAUCGGACUGCAGUUCCUGUUAUCAGGACGAUACCCGGAGGAACCCCCUACCAUCCACGUGUCCAGUUCUGAAGCAUGCGACGUGGCAGAUUCUGCAGUACUGGGGGCGCAUCUAGAGGGCGUUGCUAAGGCGUCUGUCGGAGAGCCCAUGCUUCAUACUCUCAUCACGGAGGCCAAGGAUUUUGUAGCCUCCCGUGUCAAGGACGUUCCAAGGUCAUGUUCGACGAAGACGUCGGCCCAAGACGACAGCAAACCCGUCUGCAAGUUUUUCCUCGAAGGAAAAUGUAGAUUCGGGGACAACUGCUUCAACCGCCAUCCUCAGGAGAAUGCUGUGCCGACGGCGGCAAAGCGCGUUUCACUUUCAGAGACCAAAGCAGAGAACAGGGAGAGUCUCGUGGAAUCUCGCGAGAGCGAGAGGAAAGGGGGGAAGAAGCCGCCAAUGAGGACGGCCCUUGACGUCAUCAACCGCAUCCAAUGGGAUGACGACCUUCCCAGCAGGAACUUUGUGAUUGGCUACUUGGACAGGUUCACAGGAGUUCAGGAGAGGCCGUUUGACGAGUUCACGUGGGGCGAGCUGAGUGACGCCGAGCUGGACGACCUGGCCAUCCCACAGCACCGCAUCCAGUACUUCAAGUACCACGAUCAGAAGGUGUGGGACAAAAACGAGCGACUGGACAACGUGUUCGGAUCCACCGGAAGUUACGUCACCAUCCACGACGUGAUGCAAAGAUACAAAAAGGAGGACGAAACAGUCCAAGAAAAGGAAGAAGGAGAAGGCACACAGGAUGUAGCGGAUCCGGAAGAACCAUCAGAAGACGAAGAAAGUAGCUCAGACGAAGACGGCGAUAUGGCAACGAACAAGACCAGACCAAGAAAGUCAUCAAAACCAACUUCCUCGAACAAACCGAACUACUUCGUAGCCGUCCGUAUAACCGAUCCUGACAUACUUAGGGUCGCGAGGGACUUUCAGAAAUGUAUUUUCGAGCGUUCGCCUGUCCUGGACGCUGCUUUGGCGCCGGUUGAAAAACUCCACGUCACGCUGUGCGUGCUGCGGAUCGACGACCAGACUCAGCUAGAUGCUGCUAGGAGAGUUUUGCGAGACCUGAAGCGGGAAUCAGCCCGUUUGCUACCACCUUCUCUCGUCCUAAACUUCCGCGGGGUCGAAACUUUCCACAACCGUGUGGUGUACGCCGCUCCGGAGGACAACGCGAACUUUCGCGCGCUGGCUGGCCGCGUGACGUCACUGCUGGGUGACGCUGGGCUGAAUAUGGCGGGAAACCGUGACGAGUACAUCCCACAUCUCACCUUACUGAAGCUCUCAAAGUCGAUGUGUAAAGAAAUGGCGUCUUGUGGCGCUCUGAGCGCAGAAGGAGUGGACCCGACGCUGUACGACAGGUUUGUAGACCGGCAGUUCGGCGCGCAAGCUGUGGACGAGCUUCACCUGUGCUCUAUGGGCUCCACAAGGCACGAUGGUUUCUACCAGUGUGAAGCGAGCGUCGGGCUUUUUGACGAACAUUAGGUGAUCUCUAAGGCCUCAGCAAGUAAAUUUUAUGGAUGACAUCCUUCGCAGACUCCAAAUCUAAUGCGAGCGGGCGAAAAAAAAAUAAGGCCGAAAAAACAAGGUUCAUACGUACAUGUCAUUUUGACUCAAUCAAUCAUGUACAAAUGAAACGGGGGUUAGACGUACUUACAUCAAACGCAAGUCUUUUUUGGAGCAAGAUUUUUUGCAGAUUUAUUCAUCUGUGUAAAUUAAAAUGGAAACAUAUUUUCCGACUGUGAUUUUGAUAAAACCUAUUUUACAGCUAUCAUUAUUUCUGAUAU